UUCUAUGAAAUUACAAUCAUUAACUGUAGCACAAGCACGUGAAUUUUUGCUGCCAUUUUCAUGAACGUUUAUAAAUGUGGAGAAAAAUAGUUGAUAAGACCAGAUAACUUGAAAAUCUCGCAUAUGUGAUUUUGUCUGCUAUAGUGAAGAGAAAUACAAUUCAUAGAAAAAUAAAAUGGAUGUAAAAGUCUACGUAAUUUUAUUCAUGGUCAGUUUCAUUGAUUUAGGAUCGUGUUAUGUAACAAUAACGGGUUCUCAGUAUGUAAACCAGACUGAUGACAUACAUUUAGUGUGUAAAGCAAAUGGUAUAGAAAGAGCACCAGAAACUGUUGACUGGUUUUUCAAAGGCGAAAGAAUCACUAUUUCAAGUCUGCAAUGGAAAACACGAGUGGAGAUAGUAGAAAGCUGGUUCCCCAAAGAACGUUCAUAUGUUAGUGAAUUAACAAUACAUCGUAGUACAGUUGGGGAUCAAGGAGUCUAUAUCUGUCGGAGUUCUGAUUUAGAUAUUGCGAGUAUGACAGUUCAUGUCUCUAAUGCAGGUAAUAAUGCAGGCACAAAAACACGCGCCCCAGACUCAGCUCCCAGAGAUCUAACACCAAUACCCGUCGAGAAUGACCCCCUGUCUGUGACGCUGACAUGGCAGCCCCCUCUAAAGUCCAACGGACAAAUAUUAG